AUGAAGCAAACCCAUCUCCAGAUUUUCGUACAUGGUCUUCAAGAGAACAGUUAUAUUUUACCGAAGCUUAUCAGUCUUUCUUCAGCUUUUCAUUCUGUUGAUUAUGCAGUUCAGAUCUUUGAGAACUCUGAUUCAUCGAAUGUUUUCGUUUACAACACAAUGAUUGAGUGCUUCAUCGAUAGGGGUCGCCGGAGAGAUGGGUUCUUGACUUACAACCGGAUGAAGGCCUUAUCCAUCUCCCCCAAUAGUUUUACCUUCACUUUCCUUCUCAAAUCUUGCAAAUCGCUUGAAGAUCUUGAAGAUGGUACAGAAAUACAUAGCGACGUAUUGAAAUUAGGAUAUGGUUCUAGUGUAUUUGUUCAAAAUACUAUGUUGGAUUUCUACUCUAAUUGUAGUAGGAAUUUAGUUUCAGCUUGUAGGGUAUUUGAGGAAAUGUGUGAAAGAGAUGUUGUUUCGUGGAAUUCUAUGAUUAGUGCAUACAUGACACAUGGAGAGACAGAAUCUGCAGUUAAGUUGUUUCAUUCCAUGCCAGAGAGGAAUACCGUGUCCUGGAAUUCCAUUAUAACAGGGCUUUCCAAGGUUGGAGAUAUGGAGUCAACACGCUCAAUCUUUGAACAGAUGCCAGUGAGGAAUGAAGUUUCCUGGAAUGCCAUGAUUUCCGGAUAUGUCAGGCAAGGUGAUUUGAGGAGUGCAAGAUCUCUGCUUGAUCAUAUGCCAGAUAUAACAGUGGUUUCUUGGACAGCCAUGAUUUCAGGGUAUGCCAAGAGUGGGGAUCUUGCUUCUGCAAAUGACCUUUUUGAGAUGAUGCCAGUCAAGAAUGUAGUUUCAUGGAAUGCAAUGAUUGCUGGGUACAUUGAUAACCAUUUAUUUGAUCAAGCUCUGCAUAUAUUUCACCAUAUGUUGAUCAAUGGUAAGUGUAUCCCCAAUGAAGCUACUCUAAUCAGUGUCCUCUCUGCCUGUGCUCACUUGGGGGCUCUUGAGCAGGGUAAGUGGAUCGAUUCCUAUAUUAAGAAAAACAAAUUUAGUUUAUCAGUGCCACUAGGAAAUGCCCUCAUAGAUAUGUUUGCAAAAUGUGGGGACAUAGAAAAGGCGAAAGAAGUUUUUGGUCAGAUGAGAAGAAGAUGUAUAAUCACAUGGACAACAAUGGUUUCAGGCCUAGCAGUUAAUGGCCAGUGCAGAGAAGCAUUGGAUCUCUUUAAUUCAAUGUGUAGAGAUGGAAUAGAUCCCGAUGAAGUUAUCUUCAUUUCUGUCCUCUCUGCUUGCACCCAUGGAGGGCUGGUGGAAGAGGGUAAACAGGUUUUUAACCAGAUGGUACAACAGUUCCAAAUUAAACCCCGAAUAGAGCAUUAUGGAUGCAUGGUUGAUCUUCUUGGACGGGCAGGGAAGUUAGAGGAAGCAGUCAGUUUUAUAAUGAGCAUGACUUUGGAGCCCAAUGCUGUUAUCUGGGCCUCUUUGCUUAGUUCUUGUAAGAUCCAUGGAAAUAAAGAAUUAGCAGAUUUUGUUUGCAGAAGGAUCCUUGCUCUGGAACCUUCAAAUCCUGGUUAUCUAAUGCUGAUUUCAAAUAUCAAUGCAUCAAUCAGACGAUGGGAAGAUGUUGCAAGCAUUCGAGCAUUAAUGAGACAGGAGGGCAUAGAGAAAGUGCCUGGUUGUAGUUUAAUCCAAGUAGGGAACUGGGUCCAUGAGUUUAUGGCUAGGGAUUCAAGGCAUGAGAACAGGAAGGAGAUCUAUGAAACUUUAUAUUGCUUGAAUGAACACUUGAAAGCAGUAAAUGAUGUUCCCUGA